AUGCCGCUAAAACGGACACCUCCGAAUACCUCGCAGAAUAGUGCCGACUCUGACAUAAAUCCUAGCUCAGCCGUCACUGACACCGAGAAUGAAAGUCGCUCUAACGUUUUAACCAGACAUCGGGCACGUAAGCGGCAGUAUGAUGACGAACUGACAUCUGUCAUCACUGAACUUAAAAAAACUAUAGAGACGUUCAAAAACCAACAAGAAACUCUGCAGUCAAGUAUAAAUGAUAUACGAAAGCAAAAUGAUGGGAUAAUUAAGUCAAUGGAAUUCAUGUCGGCAAAGUACGACGAAAUUGAUCAAAAGCUAUCCAAGAUGGAAUUUGAAAGGAAAACUCACCUAGCUUACAUACAAACACUAGAGGCCAGGGUUGAAAACUCUGAGAGACUUCAAAAGCAGGCGAGCAUCGAAAUUCGAAAUAUCCCUAUUCAGACUAAUGAAACAAAAGAAGAUCUUAUAAAUGUAGUUCAAAAAAUUGGUGAGGCUGUAAAUGUCAAUGUGGAAAGAAACCAAAUUCGUGAUGUUUUUCGACUUCAUACAAAUAAGGUUUAUAAUCAGAAUAGCAGGACAAUAAUUGUAGAUCUGACUACUGUGAUUUUAAAGGACAAAAUCCUAACCUCGGUGAAAAAUUACAAUAGGAAGAAUAAGGAUAACAUGAUAAACACAGGCCAUAUUAAGAUCGACGGGAAACCACAACCGAUUUUUGUCGUUGAAUGUUUGACACAGGCAGCUAGAAGAAUAUACUUCCUUGCACGUGAGUUUAGUAGGAAGAAUGAGUACAAUUAUUGCUGGAUUGCACAUGGAAAGGUGUUUAUUCGAAGAAAAGAAGGUUCCCCAGCUCGUCGCAUCAACUCUGAAGCGGAUCUGGAGAAACUAUUGUCCAAAUCUGACAAGUGA